AUGGUCGCAGACAUGGAUGGAGAAAAGCGGAAAAUAAGUAUCUGCUCACGGCAAGAGCCGUCAGCUGCACUGAAGAUCUUGAAAGAUGGGAACAACAAACGUGACGAAAUCCCUGAUAGAGUGACUCUGAAAAAAGAAAUAGGACUUUUAAGCGCCUGUACAAUAAUCAUAGGUAAGGUUGGUAAAAGUGUAUUGCAUUUUAGAAUCUAUUACAUGGGGGUGUUUGGUCAUUGCUUUAUUUAAUAAAAUAACUUUGAUGUAAGUUUGCCAUUUACAGACAAUUUGCCCUUGCUGAAUUGAAAAUUAGUUUUCCAAUUAUGGAUUAUGUGUCAUUAAAGUCAGUAUCCUAUAUUUGUAAUGGUUAGAAAUAGGCCCAUCUUCUCACCUGUCAUGAUAAGAAGAUGGUCCUAUAUGACGCGAGUGCGACUACAUGAGAAAUAGAUGUGCAUUAAAUGUCUACCUCAAUGCUUACGUAGCCAAAAUAUAUGAAUUAGUAGGACAUUGGUUGUCAAGCAGAAGAAAAUUGUCUGCUGAAGCAGAGGAAAUGGCAGGGGCCGCUUUAAUAAAUCUAAUUCACUUGUUGAAGGGUGCAAAUGAAGAUAUAGGCCCAAGUUACACCUACAGUAGGGUAAAUGCCACUAUACAGUCUGGAAGAUGCAUGGUUUUGAUAGUCAGGGGCCCCCAACCUGCUGAUGAAAAUCCUGAAGCUUUCAAUAUGCGCUGUUGCAUUUAUUACAUAUGUUCUGACUUGACUGUUAAAAAGAGUUUCAGAGUUACUGUAAAAUGAUUAUUAAUAAUAAUAGGCCUAUGCUCUUUAUGCCAUUUCUACUGACAUUGAUGUUUUUCAAUUACAUUUACUCUCCGACCUACUCUUGUGGCUUUUGGUUAGUUACAUUAGUGCAGUUUUUGAUCAAGAUCAGUCCUGAAUUAAGACCUCAAACAGGAGCAAAAAGUGAAAAAUCCCUUUGAAUCAGUCUCCUGUCUCCUUGUGUGUGUGGAAGAGAGACUGAGUACAGACUAUCAACUGUGAUUGAGCAAUUGAAGUUGAGCAAUCCAGACCAGGAAGUCCAUGCUAGCAUCCACCCUGUUGUUUCAAAGUUAUACAUCUUACUCCCCAACCUGGACUCAGGGGUAGACGUAACAUAGUAAAUGUAAAACCGACCCAUUUCAAUUAGUAUGAUAUGUUAAGUUUGGUAUGUUAUGUAUUAAUUUGUGGAUGUCCAUUACGGAGUGAACGUUAUUUAUAAUAAGGGUUACAUGGAGAAAAUCGGACCUCUCUGAAAUGAAAAUGGACGGCCCUCCCUUCAGCAAAACAUAUUUAACCUAAAUCCUGAACCCUUGAAAAAAAAACUAGUGACCCUCCCCUAUCCCCAAAAUAAUAAUUAAAACAAAGUGGAUAGCAGAGAACAUGUUUACCCUCACUUCUUGGACAGACCAGAGCCUUAGAUAUGGAUUUUUAGAAACUGUUCUUUGUCCUGUAAGCAUUACAUAGCAACGCAAUAAUUUUGAUUCACAGACCACCGUGGACAAGAGUAGGGGUAGAGAGAUCUCCUUUAUAGUAAAAGGAUUGCAUGAAUCUGUCGUCGUAUGUGCAGGUCAGAGAAAAAAUUGCCUUUUAUAAAAAUGUCAUGCAAUUCUACGUAAUUUUACAUAUUAGCAGAAUAUUUUUUAAUACCACACAAAUUAUUGAAAUUACAGGCAAAAAAUGGACAGAGAGAUAGGCCUAUGUGUUCAUCUUAUCAUAUUUCUCCAAGGCCAAAUCAGUGUGUCUUGUUUGCAACUAAACUGUCCCUGUUUGCAAAUAACUACAUCUGAGACGUCAUUAGGAAUCUGAGCAUGGUACUUUCAAAAGUUAGGCCGACCUUUCCACCCCAGACAGAGUAGCCCUACCAAUGCAGAAAAAUGUAAGCUUUAACUGCUGACUACUCUUCUUCUGUGGCUUAACCCAAUGAGAGAGAAGGUCACAAGUGUUUCCCAAAAAGCUGUCUGGGUGUAAACAUGUUCUAUUGUACAGAAAGUGGCUAGCUUAUUCAAUUGAUAUUGACAGAAUUAGAUUACAGUGCAUUCGGAAAGUAUUCAGACCUCUUGACUUUUUCCACAUUUUGUUACGUUACAGCUUUAUUCUAAACUGGAUUAAAUUGUUUUUUUUCCCCUCAUCAAUCUACACACAAUACCCCAUAAUGACGAAGCAAAAACAGGUUUUUAGAUUUUUUUGCAAAUUAAUUCAUAAUAAAAAACGGAAAUAUGACAUUUACAUAAGUAUUCAGACCCUUUACUCAGUACUUUGUUGAAGCACCUUUGCGAUUACAGCCUAGAGUCUUCUUGGGUAUGAUGCUACAAGCUUGGAACACCUGUAUUUGGGGAGUUUCUCCCAUUAAUCUUUGCAGAUCCUCUCAAGCUCUGUCAGGUUGAAUGGGGAGCGUCACUGAACAGCUAUUUUCAGGUCUCUCCAGAGAUGUUCGAUCGGGUUCAAGUUCGGGCUCUACCUGGGCCACUCAAGGACAUUCAGACUUGUUCUGAAGCCACUCCUGCGUUGUCUUGGUUGUGUGCUUAGGGUUGUUGUCCUGUUGGAAGGUGAACCUUCGCCCCAGUCUGAGGUCCUGAGCACUCUGGAGCAGGUUUUUAUCAAGGAUCUCUCUGUACUUUGCUCCGUUCAUCUCUCCCACGAUCCUGACUAGUCUCCCAGAACCUGCCGCUGAAAAACAUCCCCACAGCAGGAUGCUGCUACCACCAUGCUUCACCGUAGGGAUGGUCACAGGUUUCCUCCAGGCGUGACGCUUGGCAUUCAAGCAAAAUAGUUCAAUCUUGAUUUCAUCAUACCAGAGAAUCUUGUUUCUCAUGGUCUGAGUCCUUUAGGUGACUUUUGGCAAACUCCAAGUGAGCUGUCAUGUGCCUUUUACUGAGGAUUGGCUUCCGUCUGGCCACUCUACCAUAAAGGCCUGAUUGGUGGAGUGCUGCAGAGAUGGUUGUCCUUCUGGAAGGUUCCCCCAUCUCCACAGAGGAACUCUGGAGCUUUAUCAGAGUGACCAUCGGGUUCUUGGUCACCUCCCUGACCAAGGCCCUUCUCCCCCGAUUGCUCAGUUUGGCCGGGCAGCCAGCUCUAGGAAGAGUCUUGGUGGUUCCAAACUUCUUCCAUUUAACAAUGAUGGAGGCCACUGUGUUCUUGGGGACCUUCAAUGCUGCAGAAAUAUUUUGAUAUCCUUUCCCGGAUCUGUGCCUCGACACAAUCCUGUCUCGGAGCUCUACAGACAAUUCCUUCGACCUCAUGGCUUGGUUUUUGCUCAGACAUGCACUGUCAACUGUGGGACCUUAUAUAGACAGUUGUGUGCCUUUCCAAAUCAUGUCCAAUCAAUUAAAUUUACCACAGGUGGACGCCAAUCAAGUUGUAAAAACAUCUCAAGGAUGAUCAAUGGAAACAGGAUGCACCUGAGCUCAAUUUCGAGUCUCAUAGCAAAGGGUCUGAAUACUUAUGUAAAUAAGGUAUUUCUGUUUUUUAUUUUUAAUACAUUUGCUAACAUUUCUUAAACCCUGUUUUUGCUUUGUCAUUAUGGGGUAUUGUGUGUAGAUUGAUGAGGAAAAACAUUAAUUUAAUCAAUUUUAGAAUAAGGCUGUAACGUAACAAAAUGUGGAAAAACGGGUCUGAAUACUUUCCUAAUGCACUGUAUUUCCCAAGCAAAGUUAUUGUUUUGUCUCCUCGGCUAUAGAAGGUUGUAGCUCAGCCUAUGAAUGUCAAACAAACUGAACAAUGAUAUCCCCAUAUUCAUCGAAGUCACGUCUUUCCUGGGUAUUUUACAGCUUGUGUCUAGCAUAAAGCAUCAUGGACCAAAGCGCUGUUAUGUCACUUUAUAUAAUCGGAUCUGUUUUUAUUUUCUUCAAAAGCUAACAAGGGCUAGGCCUAUACUUUUUGCCAUUUUCUUUAAUAAAAUGUAACCCUAUUGCUGCGUUUAGAUGGCAGGAGGUAGACGGCAAACCGGAUGUCAUUGUUUUUGAUGAGAGUAGGUCAGUAAAUGCCGUUGAGUCUGGCGGUGAAUGCCUUCAGCCGCCACGGUAGAUGGGACAAAUAUUUCAACUUUUGCCGUUUUCAGUAGCGUUGUUUUCUACCAGAUGUUGAUUUGCACUGUUUGUGUACUGAAAUCCCCAUAGCAACGCAUACGGUCGUGCAGGCUUGCUUUUGCAGUCACCAUAUUUCUUUGUCUUGUCCCGCUAUGUCCCGUUUUUUGCGUCCCUCGUCUAAAUGCAGCAUAUGGUAUACCCCCUCAAUUCGAGUCUUGGUUUUAACUUAGCAGCCCUUCACUAACACGGAAGUAGGCUAUUUAAAGAGUGCAUGGUGAGUGGAUGAAUUGACCGACAAAUCUAUGGAUAUAGCAACCUAUAGCCUAAUUUCGUCUGUCAAACAGGUAGGCCUACCUCUUAUUUCGUAAAAAGGAAGAAAUAGGCUCCAACACAAAGCCCUAUUGUUGUUAGUAAAGUCUAAUUAAAAUAAAGACGGUUUAAAUUAAUUAUGCCUACUCGAAUUUGCCUACUUUCAGCACCAUGAGCUCUCCAUUUCCGACUGAUUGUGCCGCGGCUGCUGCUUCAAGUUUCAGCACCACAAUAUAAGUUACUUGAAUCUUCCUUAUUGUGAGGUCAAUAUGUUAUUUGUCACAUGCGAAGAAUACAGCAGGUGUAGACCUUACCGUGAAAUGCUUACUAACAAGCCCUUAACCAACAAUGCAGAGUUUUAAAAACAGUAAGUACGAAUAUAUUAAUAUAUACAGUGGGGAGAAAAGUAUUUGAUACACUGCCGAUUUUGCAGGUUUUCCUACUUACAAAAUCCAGAAAAUCACAUUGUAUGAUUUUAAAGUAAUUAAUUUGCAUUUUAUUGCAUGACAUAAGUAUUUGAUCACCUACCAACCAGUAAGAAUUCCGGCUCUCACAGACCUGUUAGUUUUUCUUUAAGAAGCCCUCCUGUUCUCCACUCAUUACCUGUAUUAACUGCACCUGUUUGAACUCGUUACCUGUAUAAAAGACACCUGUCCACACACUCAAUCAAACAGACUCCAACCUCUCCACAAUGGCCAAGACCAGAGAGCUGUGUAAGGACAUCAGGGAUAAAAUUGUAGACCUGCACAAGGCUGGGAUGGGCUACAGGCAAGCAGCUUGGUGAGAAGGCAACAACUGUUGGCGCAAUUAUUAGAAAAUGGAAGAAGUUCAAGAUGACGGUCAAUCACCCUCGGUCUGGGGCUCCAUGCAAGAUCUCACCUCGUGGGGCAUCAAUGAUCAUGAGGAAGGUGAGGGAUCAGCCCAGAACUACACGGCAGGACCUGGUCAAUGACCUGAAGAGAGCUGGGACCACAGUCUCAAAGAAAACCAUUAGUAACACACUACGCCGUCAUGGAUUAAAAUCCUGCAGCGCACGCAAGGUCCCCCUGCUCAAGCCAGCGCAUGUCCAGGCCCGUCUGAAGUUUGCCAAUGACCAUCUGGAUGAUCCAGAGGAGGAAUGGGAGAAGGUCAUGUGGUCUGAUGAGACAAAAAUAGAGCUUUUUGGUCUAAACUCCACUCGCCGUGUUUGGAGGAAGAAGAAGGAUGAGUACAACCCCAAGAACACCAUCCCAACCGUGAAGCAUGGAGGUGGAAACAUCAUUCUUUGGGGAUGCUUUUCUGCAAAGGGGACAGGACGACUGCACUGUAUUGAGGGGAGGAUGGAUGGGGCCAUGUAUUGCGAGAUCUUGGCCAACAACCUCCUUCCCUCAGUAAGAGCAUUGAAGAUGGGUCGUGGCUGGGUCUUCCAGCAUGACAACGACCCGAAACACACAGCCAGGGCAACUAAGGAGUGGCUCCGUAAGAAGCAUCUCAAGGUCCUGGAGUGGCCUAGCUAGUCUCCAGACCUGAACCCAAUAGAAAAUCUUUGGAGGGAGCUGAAAGUCUGUAUUGCCCAGCGACAGCCCCGAAACCUGAAGGAUCUGGAGAAGGUCUGUAUGGAGGAGUGGGCCAAAAUCCCUGCUGCAGUGUGUGCAAACCUUGUCAAGACCUACAGGAAACGUAUGAUCUCUGUAAUUGCAAACAAAGGUUUCUGUACCAAGUUCUGCUUUUCUGAUGUAUCAAAUACUUAUGUCAUGCAAUAAAAUGCAAAUUAAUUACUUAAAAAUCAUACAAUGUGAUUUUCUGGAUUUUUGUUUUAGAUUCCGUCUCUCACAGUUGAAGUGUACCUAUGAUAACAAUUACAGAUCUCUACAUGCUUUGUAAGUAGGAAAACCUGCAAAAUCUGCAGUGUAUCAAAGUAUUUAGUCAGCCACCAAUUGUGCAAGUUCUCCCAAUUAAAAAGAGGAGAGAGGCCUGUAAUUUUCAUCAUAGGUACACGUCAACUAUGACAGACAAAUUGAGAAAGAAAAUCCAGAAAAUCACAUUGUAGGAUUUUUAAUGAAUUUAUUUGCAAAUUAUGGUGGAAAAUAAGUAUUUGGUCACCUACAAACAAGCAAGAUUUCUGGCUCUCACAGACCUGUAACUUCUUCUUUAAGAGGCUCCUCUGUCCUCCACUCGUUACCUGUAUUAAUGGCACCUGUUUGAACUUGUUAUCAGUAUAAAAGACACCUGUCCACAACCUCAAACAGUCACACUCCAAACUCCACUAUGGCCAAGACCAAAGAGCUGUCAAAGGACACCAGAAACAAAAUUGUAGACCUGCACCAGGCUGGGAAGACUGAAUCUGCAAUAGGUAAGCAGCUUGGUUUGAAGAAAUCAACUGUGGGAGCAAUUAUUAGGAAAUGGAAGACAUACAAGACCACUGAUAAUCUCCUUCGAUCUGGGGCUCCACGCAAGAUCUCACCCCGUGGGGUCAAAAUGAUCACAAGAAUGGUGAGCAAAAAUCCCAGAACCACACGGGGGGACCUAGUGAAUGACCUGCAGAGAGCUGGGACCAAAGUAACAAAGCCUACUAUCAGUAACACACUACGCCGCCAGGGACUCAAAUCCUGCAGUGCCAGACGUGUCCCCCUGCUUAAGCCAGUACAUGUCCAGGCCCGUCUGAAGUUUGCUAGAGUGCAUUUGGAUGAUCCAGAAGAGGAUUGGGAGAAUGUCAUAUGGUCAGAUGAAACCAAAAUAGAACUUUUUGGUAAAAACUCAACUCGUCGUGUUUGGAGGACAAAGAAUGCUGAGUUGCAUCCAAAGAACACCAUACCUACUGUGAAGCAUGGGGGUGGAAACAUCAUGCUUUGGGGCUGUUUUUCUGCAAAGGGACCAGGACGACUGAUCCGUGUAAAGGAAAGAAUGAAUGGGGCCAUGUAUCGUGAGAUUUUGAGUGAAAACCUCCUUCCAUCAGCAAGGGCAUUGAAGAUGAAACGUGGCUGGGUCUUUCAGCAUGACAAUGAUCCCAAACACACCGCCCGGGCAACGAAGGAGUGGCUUCGUAAGAAGCAUUUCAAGGUCCUGGAGUGGCCUAGCCAGUCUCCAGAUCUCAACCCCAUAGAAAAUCUUUGGAGGGAGUUGAAAGUCUGUGUUGCCCAGCGACAGCCCCAAAACAUCACUGCUCUAGAGGAGAUCUGCAUGGAGGAGUGGGCCAAAAUACCAGCAACAGUGUGUGAAAACCUUGUGAAGACUUACAGAAAAUGUUUGACCUGUGUCAUUGCCAACAAAGGGUAUAUAACAAAGUAUUGAGAAACUUUUGUUAUUGACCAAAUACUUAUUUUCCACCAUAAUUUGCAAAUAAAUUCAUUAAAAAUCCUACAAUGUGAUUUUCUGGAUUGUUUUCUCUCAUUUUGUCUGUCAUAGUUGAUGUGUACCUAUGAUGAAAAUUACAGGCCUCGCUCAUCUUUUUAAGUGGGAGAACUUGCACAAUUGGUGGCUGACUAAAUACUUUUUUCCCCCACUGUAUAUAUAUGAAAAAUAAAAUAAAAAAAUAAUACAAAUACUAAACAAGUAACACAAUAAAAUAACAAUAAUAAGGCUAUAUAGAUGGGGUACCAGUACUGAGUCAAUGUGUGGGGGUACAGGUUAGUCGAGGUAAUAUAAACAUGUAGGUAGGGGUAAAGUGACUAUGCAUAGAUAACAAACAGCGAGGAGUAGAGGUGUAAAAAAGGGGGUCAAUGCAAAUAGUCCGGGUAGCCAUUUGGUUAACUGUUUAGCAGUCUUAUGGAUUGGGGGUUGAAGCUGUUCAGGAGCCUUUUGGACCUAGACUUGGCGCUCUGGUAUCGCUUACCGUGCAGUAGCAUAGAGAACAGUCUAAGAUUUGGGUGGAUGGAGUCCAAUUUAUAGGUCCUUCUUCUGACACUGCCUGGUAUAGAGGUCCUGGAUGGCAGGACGCUUGCCCUAGUGAUGUACUGGGCCUUAUGCACUACCAUCUGUAGCGCCUUGCGGUAAUAACUCUGAUAAAUACAUCAUGGGCAAUAAACAUAUUGUUUUUAAUUAAAUCAAUUAUAGUAGUAGCAAGCUAUCAAAGUCGACCAUAGGCUAUAGGCUAGUCCGCACACAAGAUAGUUAAUUAUUUGGACUAGGCCUAAUCAACAACAACAAAAAUCGGAAGAAGCCUUUGACUCUCCUCCUGAACUGCCACUGUAGGCCUACACAGCACAGCCAUUGGUUAGGCAUCACACAAAAACGUUUUUGAUAAGCAAGAGCAGAGCGGGCGGGGCUCAAGGUUGGAAUAUCCAUUGCCGUGUGUAAUGCAGCCUAGUUUUAUUUACACCGUCCCAGCAGCUAUCUUAGAAAUAUAACUUUGCUCCGUGCUUCUCCGAGCAUGCACUUUGUAGCCUAUAGCCUAUAGUCUAUGGAUAAUUUGAUUGAGACCACACUAAAUAGUCUUUAGGCGCACUUGAAGGCUAUUUAUGCGCGCCCAGCUGAGAAUCAGAGAUGAGGCGGCAUCGGGCACACAUCGAUAUGUAGCCUAAUAAGCCAUUAAUUGAAAUAUUGAAAUUUCAUCCAUUACAAAUGACAUGACCCUCCCCUGGACUAGAUAAAAAAAAAGACUAAACCCUCACCUUGACUGAAAUUGAAAAAGCAUGACCCUCCGGGUACCCAUUCUGUUCAUUUCAAUCCAUCCCUUAUCCAUUUUGUAUGAAAUGUUACAAAUUACAAUUUGUAUGAUAUGUUAUGAAUUGCAAUUCGUACAAUAUGUUACGAAUUUGCAAAACAUAUGAAAUGUUACGAAUUUCAAUCUGUUGUGGCUAACAUUGGCUUGGUGGCUAACACUAACGUUAGCUAGGUGGUUAAUGUUAACUAAGCUAGGGGUUAAGGUUAGGUUUAAGGUUAGGGGAAGGGUUAGCUUACAUGCUAAGUAGUUGCAAAGUAGCUAAAAGUAGUAAGUAGUUGCAAAGUUGCUAAUUAGCUAAAAUGCUAAAGUUGUCCGAGAUGAGAUUCGACCAUGCAACCUUUGGGUUGCUAGAUGUUCGCAUUAUACACCCGGCCAACCACCCUCCUUUAGUUUUUCCCUUAAGUAACCUUCUGUCUUAUGUACAUACCAAACGUAGAAUAUCAUACUCAUUUUAGUGUCCUGCAUUUACUUUCACUAUGUUACGUCUAUUCUAUGAGACCAGGCUUUACUCCCAGUCUUAGCAUUUCUGACAGGGUCACAAACCAAAGGGAAAGCCGGUACAGUCUAGAAAUAAUGAAAUAAAUGAGUUGAAUUUAAUUCUCGCAGGCGACUCUUGACUGAGCUCGACAGUUAAGAGUAAAUAAUUUAUGUCCAGUUAUGUAAUUGAGGUCUGUGCCACUUGGCUGCCUUCUGCUGUGCUACUACCCUGAAUGUGUUGGUCGGGAUACACUUGAUCUGCAUCUGAAAUUACACCCUAUUCCAUAAUGCCACUACUUUUCAACAGGGUGCCAUUUCUGAUACAGCCAUAUUGGAACCCAGAUCAUUGUAUUACUUCAACAAUGCGUGUGGUUGAUGUUGAAGCCUCUUGGGUUAAAUGGGAGCACUUCCUACUAUGUGACUGUUUGAUCUGCUGCCCAAAGCUCUGUUCCCUCACAUCAACAGUAUGAUUGUUCUAUUUCUGAUGUGUUAACUUGUAAUGAUCAUCAGAGAGGUUAUUUUUGUCAAGUAUAUUCCAUUGCUUGCUUUGUGUGUGUGUGUGUGUGUGUGUGUGUGUGUGUGUGUGUGUAUUUUAGUAAUACCUUCUCCCUCUCCACAGGGAACAUAAUUGGUUCUGGAAUCUUCAUAUCUCCUAAGGGGGUUCUAGAGCAUUCGGGUUCAGUGGGUCUAGCACUGAUUGUGUGGGUACUAGGGGGCUGCAUAGCUGCCCUGGGCUCUCUCUGCUAUGCUGAGCUGGGGGUCACCAUCCCCAAGUCAGGGGGGGACUACUCCUACGUCACAGAAAUAUUCGGAGGCCUUGUUGGGUAGGUACCACUCAUCCAAUGUGUAUAGUGUGUAAGCUUAUUAUGAAACAACACAAGGUUGGAUUUGCUUGGUAUUGGGGGUCAGAAGGGUUGGUUGAAUAUUCAAUUGACUGUUCAGUUUAUGCGAUAAAAAUAAAUAAAAAAUAGCUAAUAAAAAACACAAAGUUGGAUCAAAGCAAUGACAUAUUUGACUGUUUCUCUCCCAUCCCAGGUUCCUCCUCCUGUGGAGUGCGGUGCUCAUCAUGUACCCCACUACCCUGGCUGUCAUCGCCCUCACCUUCUCUAACUAUGUCCUACAGCCUGUCUUCCCCGACUGUGUCCCUCCAUACUUGGCCACACGCUUGCUGUCAACAGUCUGUCUAUGUAAGUACCGUGUUCCUGUGCCUGAACUCACUUAUGUAAAGGAAAUUAAGGUAACCCCAAAAAGAUCUACUGUGUGCGUGCAUAUGUGUGUGUGAGUGCGUGCAUGAGUGUGUGUGUGUGCUAAAUAUUUUUUUUGCAACGUGCAUGCCCCGCCCACCUGAGAAUCUGUAUUUUUCAGCCAUCUUUUUCCUGUGUUAGAGGGGUGCAAAAUCCACUUGUCACUUAAAUCGCGCUGGAUUGAUUGCUUUCAUUUUACUCCUGCGACUCUUUCAUACUCUUGCUUGCGCCUGUCAUUUUUUCCCGUUAACGUUACAACCUGUCAAAUGACCUGUCGAACACACCCCGGUGAUGGCUGAAAUGGGCUCAAUGGAAUGCAUUGUCUUUCCUUUGAAUCUAUAAGAACGCUAAAGCUUAGUCUGGGAUUUAACGCACCGUCUGGCCACUUCCAUCACUAGAAGGAGAAGAAAGAUAACUUUAAUUUGAUGGUGUUCAUUUUUUGUGGAACUGAAAAAAGUAAUCAUUUAAUACAGUUGAAAUGUUUACAAAUUAGAUGCACUGAAAUGAAAGCAACUUCCGAAAAUGGGCACUCUGAUUAGUGAUAUUAUGUCUGAUCUCCCAAACAAUGUAAAGGAUGUUAAAAUAGGUGUAAUUUAGAGCCAAGGGUGUUGAUUGUUAAUCCGAGGAUAUCCUGCUAUUGACACACUUGUUGAAAUAUGCAAGGACGUGACAACAACAACAAUUAAUAAGGCAGUCUAGACCACACAGGUGAGUGCAGGUAUGGUAGACAGAGCAAGUGUUUGGUGGUUGCUGCCCUGUUCCACCCCUUUAUGUUAAUGUUUUACUAUAUGCAGUGUAUUUAUUCAAAUUACGCACAUAUAAUUGUAUUUAUUUUAACACAAAAUAUUUUUUUUAAAUACCUGAUACAAUAAGAAAAUGUAUAUAUGACUGCAUUGUCAGAAGAAAUAAGUAAAAUGUUACAAUAAGUUGAAUACCUGAAUUCAUUAUUUGUCUGUGCCAGUAAAAUGUUUAUGUGCUAUAAUUCAGUCAGUAUCGGAUUAUAACAAUUCUAAAUGUUUGGAGUAGUAUCUUCAUCCAUUGUCCAAUUGUUGCAUUUAUUAAAAUUGUUCUUUUAAACUUUUAACAAUUUUAAUGACUGUUGCUAAUGUUUUUUAUGGGAAGUUUCUGGUACAACAGAGUAAAAUAUCUCUUACAUAACCAUUGCCUCGAAGCCUUUCACAGUUGGAGACAGGAAUAUAAAAAAAAUGCAUGGUGUGUCAAAUAGAAAAUGGAAGGGAGAGACAGGAGGAAGGAGUGGGCAGUAAAGUUAGGGAAACAAAGACUGAUGAAGUGUAACGUUUCUGAAGGAUGUAUAAAAUCAUCCCAAUGGACAAACCAUCCUUGUGGGCAAAAUAUGCUAUGGGAUGUCAGGGUGACCUCAUUUUCUGGUUCUUAAUUAGUUUUCAGUUCUUUUUCCAGAAUAUUUGAUUUUUAUCUGGUUAUAGACUUAUUUUUCUGGUCGCUUAAAAGACAUCUAAAAACAUCAUUUUUUUUCAACACCGUCAUGCCAUAAAGACAUCAGAAUGACAUCACUGCAGCCAGUUUUGUAAACCUGAGGGAACUUGUACUUAGGGCUCUAUUCAAUCAGAUCAGCUUUAGCAGACAUCGGCAUAGCAGUUGUUUUGGCAGUCGGAGGUGGAACUGCAUUAGAGCUGUCAAAUCCACAAGCGGCUCCUGGCAUUAUACCUAAAGCGGACAUUGCCAUUGGCUGCACGGAGUCGCAUUAAGAGAAAUCCCAUCCAGCCUUGUUUACAAGUUCGUACACUUGAAUGUGCGAUGUAAUCUACACCUCCAUUAGGAUGAUAGAAAUCCUCAUUAUUUAGUUUAAUAAUUAUUUCUAUAUACACUUUCUCGUUCUGAACUUCUAACGCGAGCGGGUUGGGUGUGGCUUCAUGACAAUGAUCGCAACCGCUAUGCAGGUGUCUGCUUUUGCUGGUUAACGCUUGAUCUGAUUGAACCUAGGCCUCCGUUUCAAUGUCAAGUACAGUGUCCCAUUUGUUGAAGUUAGAGCCAAUUUUGUCACCUGUGAUUUGUGUGUUGCUUUUUACUGGGUUGCAUCCCUCAAUCUAUUGACCAUGUGGACAUGUUAGUAUUACUAAUUACUUGGCACCAAGCUUAGGAGUACCUGCACUGUACCUCCACUGAUCCCUCACACUUGUUUGUUGGGGAACUGGAUGCCAAUGAUCUGGAGAAAACGUGAGCUUUCUCUCAGCCUCUUCAGGGACCUGCCCACCUGUCCUUUCUGGGUUUUGUUCUGUUGCAUCGGAAGCAGUUUGUUUUGGUGGCCUUGACAGCUCCCCUUUGUCUGUGAGAGCCAGGCCACCAUGAGAGAGAGAGAGGCAAGCCAAUGACAGUGAUGGAUGAGGUGAAACAAUGUGCCCACCCCUUUGCCUUACCAUUUCCCACAUUCCGGCCUGCCAUGGAAACUGCCAGGCCACUGCCACACUACCAACACCAUGUGCCCAGGCGUGAGCCCUGACUGACUGGAUAAGAGAACAUGUCACAUUACUGUGCACCUCACGGCUUGGCUGGCAUCCCUAAUGCCACAUUCCGAUUGGGCAAGAGCUCCCUUAUGUGAGGGCAAACAUCACUUCUGACAAAUCAUUGUAAAUAACUUGCUUAGGCUACCUUAUUUAAAUAGGGUUUAAAUAGUAUUUUGUUUUCUCAAAGAAACGCUUAAAGUAUUGUGUGUGUGUGUGUGUGUGUGUGUGUCUGCAGUGUUCCUGACCUGGGUGAACUGCUCCAGUGUGCGUCUGGCAACCAGGAUCCAGGAUGUUUUCACGGUGGGGAAGCUGGCAGCCCUGGGUCUCAUCAUAGUGGUCGGCCUGGUGCAGAUCUGCAAGGGUGAGAAAAACACACUCACCUUCUCUCUAGAAUGAUUUUCAUUAGCACACACUGUAGCAAGACAUUUUGCGACUGAAAACGAAAAUGAGGGUUUCUUAUUUAGCAAAUUCAGAUAAUAACUCCCAGUUUCGGACUGCUUUCUUCCAUUAUGUGCCUACUGAACAUGAUCCAGGUGCCGAAGGUUAAUAGCACCUUCAACAAACCAAUAGGACCUAGCACGUUUGUGAUAUUUACACGUUUUUAUUGAUCAAAGAGGCCAUCAUGCUAUUUCCCUAAAACAUCCCCCCAAGACAUUGAUGGUGAAUUUGUACCCCUUCAGGUAACUAUGAGGGACUGACGCCUCAGGUGGCUUUUGAGUUCAGCAGGAUGCCCUCAGUUGGGCAGAUCGCUCUGGCUUUCCUCCAGGCCUCUUUUGCCUUCAGUGGAUGGAACUUCCUGAACUAUGUCACAGAAGAAGUGGUUGAACCACGACGGUGAGCUUCUGGUUCACCAAACAUUAUUUUACUUUGCAUUCUAUUCUAUUCUAUUUGCAAUUAUCCAUCCAAUGCUGUGUACUGUAUAACCAGUCCGGCAUGAAAGCAAGCAUUGUGGAGUGAUGCACAGUUGUAUGUUGUGAUCUUGUGGUGGUAUAUCAAUGAAAAUAUUGAUAAGAAAUGUAAGUGAUAUAGUGCAAAAAAAUGUUUAUAUAAAGAGUUAGAUUUUUUUAUAUACACAAUGUAAAGUACACUACAUUACCAAAAGUAUGUGGACACCUGCUCGUCGAACAUCUCAUUCCAAAAUCAUGGGCAUUAAUAUGGAGUUGGGCCUAUAACAGCCUCCACUCUUCUGGGAAGGCUUUCCACUAGAUGUUGGAACUUGCUUCCAUUCAGCCACAAGAGCAUUAGUGAGCUCGGGCACUGAUGUUGGGCGAUUAUGCCUGGCUCGCAGUCGGCAUUCCAAUUCAUCCGAAAGGUGUUUGAUGGGGUUGAGGUCAGGGCUCUGUGCAGACCAGUCAAGUUUUUCCACACCGAUCCCGACAAACCAUUUCUGUAUGGACCUUGCUUUGUGCACUGGGGCAUUGUCAUGCCGAAACAGGAAAGCCAAGGCAGCAGCUACUCUUCCUGGGGUCCAAACAUAUUAAAGCACUUACAUUACAUAUAAAACAAAAUAUAAAACAGUACAUCAUAUGACAUUAUUACACCACUACCUAUCUACAAUACAAAAUGUUUAAUACCACCAUACAACAAUAUCACAAUGUGUGCGUAUGCAUGUGUCUAUAUCCUUGAGUGUGUCUCUUCAUAGUCCCCGUUGUUCCAUAAGGUGUAUUUUUUACCUGUUUUUAAAAAAUCGGAUUCUACUGCUUGCAUCAGUUACCUGAUGUGGAAUAGAGUUCCCUGUAGUCAUGGCUCUAUGUAGUACUGUGUGCCUCCCAUAGUCUGUUCUGGACUUGGGGACUGUGAAGAGACCUCUGGUGGCAUGUCUUGUGGGGUAUGCAUGGGUUUCCGAGCUGUGUGAUAGUAGUUUAAACAGACAGCUCAGUACAUUCAGCUUGUCAACACCUCUUACAAAAACAAGCAGUGAUGAAGUCAAUCUCUCUUCCACUCUGAGCCAGGAGAGACUGACGUGCAUGUCAUUAAUGUUAGCUCUCCGUGUACUUUUAAGGGCCAGCCGUGCUGCCCUGUUCUGAGCUAACUGCAAUUUUCCAAAGUCCCUCCCUGUGGCACCUGACUACACUACUCUACCACACUAGUCUAGGUGCGACAAAACUAGGGCCUGUAGGACCUGCCUUGUUGAUAGUGUUGUUAAGAAGGCAGAGCAGCGCUUAAUUAUGGACAUACUUCUCCCCAUCUUAGCUACUGUUGUAUCAAUUUGCUUUGACCAUGAUAGUCUACAAUCCAGGGUUACUCCAAGCAGUUUAGUCUCCUCAACUUGCUCAAUUUCCACAUUAUUCAUUACGAGAUGUAGUUGAGGUUUAGGGUUCAGUGAAUGAUUUGACCCAAAUACAAUGCUUUUAGUUUUGGAAAUAUUCAGGACUAACUUAUUCCUUGCCACCCAUUCCAAAACGGACUGCAACUCUUUGUUAAGUGUUGCAGUUAUUUCAGUUGCUGUAGUAGCUGACGUGUAUAGUGUUGAGUCAUCCGCAUACAUAGACACACUGGCUUUACUCAAAGUGGCAUGUCGUUAGUAAAGAUGGAAGAAAGUCCAAUGGCGGCGAGCUUUACACCACUCCAGCCGAUGUUUGGCAUUGCGUAUGGUGAUCUUAGGCUUGUGUGCGGCUGCUCGGCCAUGGACGAACAUUUAUUGUGCUGACGUUGCUUCCAGAAGCAGUUUGGAACUCGGUAGCGAGUGUUACAACUGAGGACAGAUGAUUUUUACGUGCUAUACGCUUCAGCACUCGGCAGUCCCGUUCUGUGAGCUUGUGUGGCCUACCACUUUGCAGCUGAGCCGUUGUUGCUCCUAACAGCAUUUACAGUUGACUGGGGCAGCUCUAGCAGGGCAGAAACGGGUGUGGCUGAACUAGCCGAAUCCACUAAUUUGUCCACAUACUUUUGUAUAUAUAGUGUGUAUUUCACAUCAGCUGCCUUCUUAUUUCCCCAACAAUGCAUGAUUUAUGAGACUGUGUGUUGAUUGCAUGGUUUGUAUACUGUGUGGAAUACCUCAUCAGUAGUUUGUGUACCUCGUGGAUGACCUCAUCAGUAGUUUUUGGACAUGUGGAUUACCUCAUCAGUAGUUUGUGUACCUUGUGGAUGUCCUCAUCAGUAGUUUUUGUACCGUGUGGAUUACCUCAUCAGUAGUUUAUGUACCUUGUGGAUGAACUCAUCAGUAGUUUUUGUACCAUGUGGAUGACCUCAUCAGUAGUUUAUGUACCUUGUGGAUGACCUCGUCAGUAGUUUUUGUACCAUGUGGAUUACCUCAUCAGUAGUUUAUGUACCUUGUGGAUGACCUCGUCAGUAGUUUUUGUACCAUGUGGAUUACCUCAUCAGUAGUUUAUGUACCUUGUGGAUGAACUCAUCAGUAGUUUUUGUACCAUGUGGAUUACCUCAUCAGUAGUUUAUGUACUUUGUGGAUGACCUCAUCAGGAACCUACCUCGUGCCAUUUACAUCUCCAUCCCAUUGGUGACCUUUGUGUACACGCUCACCAACAUCGCCUACUUCUCCGCCAUGUCACCCGAGGAGCUGCUCUCAUCCAACGCUGUGGCCGUCGUGAGUAACGCUGUUCACUUUGCUUUGAGACAUGACAAAAACUGCCUGGAGUACUGUCCUUUAAUAGUGUCAUUAUUUGAUGUAUUGACUUACUGAAUGUUCAACACAAUGCAUGUUCACAUAGAGAUGCCCUUUAAUAAUUUAUGAAAAAUACUUGCUAUACAUCAAGUUAUCCAAGGCUUGUUUUUUGUCCUAAAUGUAAAACUUGUUCUGCUGCAGACAUUUGGAGAGAAGCUCCUGGGGAUGUUCUCUGUCAUUAUGCCCAUCUCUGUAGCCUUGUCCACGUUCGGAGGCAUCAACGGCUACCUCUUCACCUCCUCAAGGUAUUUGUAUUUAUUAUGGAUCCCCAUUAGCUGCUGUAAAGGGAGCAGGUACUCUUCCUGGGGUCCAGCAAAAUUAAGGCUGUUAUACAAAUAACAAAAAUUACAAUAUAUUCAUAACAGAUUUCACAACACACUAAGUGUGUGCCCUCAGGCCCCUACUCCACUACCACAUAUCUACAACACAAAAUCCAUGUGUACGUGUGUGUAUAGUGUGUAUGUUAUCGCGUGUGUAUGCAAAUCAAAUCAAAUCAAAUGUUAUUAUGCAUGACAAAUAAGGUGUAGACCUUACCGUGAAAUGCUUACUUACAAGCCCUUAACCAACAAUGCAGUUCAAGAAGUAGAGUUAAGAAAAUCUUUACUAAAUAAACUAAAGUAAAAAAUGUAAUAAAAAGUAACACAAUAACGAGGCUAUAUACAGGGGGUACCGGUACCGAGUCAAUGUGCGGGGGUACAGGUUAGUCAAGGUAAUUUGUACAUGUAGGUAGGGGUAAAGUGACUAUACAUAGAUAAUAAACAGCGAGUAGCAGCAGUGUAAAAACAAAGGGGGGGGGGGGGGGGGGGGGGGGGGGGUCAAUGUAAAUAAUCCGGGUGGCCAUUUCAUUAAUUGUUCAGCAGUCUUAUGGCUUGGCGGUAGAAGCUGUUAAGGAGCCUGAUGAAGACAGCUUGUCUGUCGAAACUUUGGUUAUAAGGUUAUUAAAUUAUUGCAUCUGAGCUCCUAGAGUGUGCGGCUCUCCUUUUCUUUUUCAAGGAGCCUUUUGGACCUAGACUUGGCGCUCCAGUACCGCUUGCCGUGCAGUAACAGAGAGAACAGUCUAUGACUUGGGUGACUGGAGUGGCAUGUGUCUAUGUUUGUGUUGCUUCACAGUCCUCGCUGUUCCAUAAGGUGUAUUUUUAUUUUAUUUUAAAUUCUGAUUCUACUUACUGCUUGCAUCAGUUACCUGAUGUGGAAUAGAGUUGAGGGGUCAACCCUGGGAAAAAUGUCCUCUAGGCUGUGUCUCAAUCCACAAGAAUGCUGCCUUUGGAUUGAGGCACAUCCCUGGAAACGGAGGUGCAUUAAUGUUUAUUAAGUUAGUUAAAUGAUUGUACAUGGGUCUAUACACCGUCUAUGUUUUUAUGUGUCUUUCUAGAUUGUGUUUCUCUGGGGCCAGAGAGGGACAUCUACCCAGCUUGCUGGCUAUGAUCCACUUUAAGAACUGCACCCCUAUCCCAGCUCUCCUCUGCUGUGUAAGAAACUAAAACGUAUAUUCUACUAUUUCUAGUACACACUCAGUGGCCAACUCAAUGCAGCUGUUACAGCCCUUAACCACUGUCUGCGGUAGGCUUGCUCUGUGUUCUAUACCUCAAUCAGGUACUUAACAGUUGUCCUCACCUCUCGUCUCUGUCUCUGUCUCUGUCUCUGUCUCUGUCUCUCUCUCUCUCUCUCUCUCUCUCUCUCUCGAUCUCUCUUUGUCUUGCAGUGUACUGCCACCAUUGUAAUCCUGUGUAUAGGAGAGACGCACAACCUGAUCAACUAUGUGUCCUUCAUCAACUACCUCUCCUAUGGAGUCACCAUCGCAGGCCUGCUCUACUACCGAUGGAAGAAGCCCAAACUAUACAGACCAAUUAAGGUAUUAUUACUCCAGGCAUGGUUCAAUCAUGUCCCCCUCUCUGACAUUUCUGUAAAGUGUAGAACUGUUUUUAUAUAGGAGGAUGUCAGUUUGUGCUAGUUUGCAUUAGAGAUAAAUGAUUGACACAGUAAUUGACAAAUAAGAGCAAACUACAGCAAUACAGUGAUCCUGUUCUCAUCUACUGUUGAAAACUUCAGAGUAGAAGCAGGUCUUUCCUCUGUCCUCCUCACCAGGUGAUUCAUUGAAAGAUGAGCGGCACGUGACACUCUCUCCAUUAUAAAAACGAAUCUGUUCUCAUCCCUGCUCAUCAGGUAAACCUGCUUGUCCCUAUCACCUACCUGAUGUUCUGGGCCCUGUUGCUGGGCUUCAGUCUGUAUUCUGAGCCAGUGGUGUGUGGUGUCGGGCUGGUCAUCAUGCUCACCGGUGUACCAGUCUACUUCCUGGGGGUGCACUGGAAAGGCAAGCCGAAGUGUAUCUAUGACUUCAUCGGUGGGUGUCCUCCUCUUCAAACCUGAAAAUACAUGUUUGUCUUAAUAAACUCUCUUUGCCCAAAAAAUAUCUGUAUUUCUGAAUUUAAAUUCACCCACAUGUAUUUAAUAGUAUCCAACCUCCCUAAACCCUAUAUACUGUAUAUGACAAGUAUCAAACCAUUCUUUAUUUCAGUAGACCCAGAUACAUGGCAUUUAAAAGGAAUCCUACUUUAGUGGUCUGGUCAGACACUUUGUUGUGAUGCUAAACGUGGGCCCUGUUUUCUCACAGAGUCAGCGACCUACGUGGCACAGAGGCUGUGUUUCGUGGUCUUCCCCCAGUUCGACCCUAUCGAGAUCAGUCCGAUCGAAGAAUGGCCUGACACAUCUUCCAACACUCUCUCUGGGAAGUCUUAA